AUGACCACCGCCACGCCAUCUAACACAGUCUCGGGGUCUGUCAGCACUCUGACACCCACUGGGUAUGACAGUUGCAACGACGACAGCUCAGUAGCGCACACUCUACAACUAUCGCUACUCGAGCAAUCGAAUCCGCGUGGCUGGGUUCGCGCACUAUUUUUCUUCAAAUCGCUUUCUCACGUUGAACCUGGAGAGACCGUCGAACUCCUCCGCGAGGGAUUGAAGCCGACCCUCCAGGCUAUUCCAUCGCUCGCGUGUGAAAUCGUGCCUUGCGACGACGGGAAGAAACCGACUGGCAAGAUCGCACUUAAGCACGGUGAUUUUGGAUCGCUUAUAGUGAAGGAUCUUCGUGGAACUGGUCUCGACUACGAAGAGUUGCAAGAGCAGAAUUUUCCUCAAUCGCGACUCGAGCCCGCUAGUCUUUGUGCCCGAGGUGUUUUCCCCUUGCCCAACGAACAGCAACCAGUAUUCGUCCCGCAAUUAAACAUCAUCGAUGGAGGUUUUAUCCUGACUCUACACAGCCACCAUACAGUCUUUGAUGCUCAAGGAAUCAACGAGGUGCUGCGAGUCUGGGCUAAGAAUUGUCAUCACCUACAAGAUAAUACUGUCCACAGGUGCGAUUCUUUGCCUGUCAGGUCAUUUGACCGGACCGCACAUAAUGCUUCCCACGAGUCCACCGCUCAAAUGGGUCGCCCAGAGCAUCAUCCUGAACUCAUCGUCGCCCCCGAACCCAUCACUUUUGGAGAGACGGCUACGAAAGACACGCAUAGAUCCCGAGUGUACAGACUGUCUCCUGAAGCUUUGGAACAGCUAAAAGAUGACUGCUGUGAGGUUGGAAACCAGUGGACAUCGACCAACGAUAGGGUCACUGCAUUGAUCUGGCGCUCGGUGAUCCGAGCGCAGGUUGACCUCGAACAGCUUCCGGACGACGACACAUUGUCGCAUCAUAUCAUCAAUGUCGAUCUGAGACUUCGUUCAGAACCACCUUUGUCGAAGCACUACCCAGGAUGUCCUAUGAACUACGCUCGUGCGGCCAUGGGCCUGAAGGAUGUCUACAACUCCCCAAGCCUUGUCCCCAUUGCCAUCGCGGUCAGACAGGCGAUAAACAUGAGGACGUCUGAGUAUGUCAAAUCGCUCAUUACCCUUCUUGCCAACGUUCCUGGCUAUGAUCACGUUGUGUCGGCUUCGUUCCCAAAUCUGAUGACGAUCGACUGCCUGACAAGCACGUGGAACAAACUCGACAUCUACGACCUCGACUUUGGCCCAAAGAUUGGAAACAUCGAAAGGGUCAGAUUCCCUACUGGAGGGCUGUUCAAUGGGCUCAGUAUGAUUUAUCCGCAGGUCACCAGAGGGGAGGGUGUGGGUAUGGAGAUUGCAAUUGGUUUGGACAAGUGUAACUUUGAGAAGCUGGAGCGGGAUCCAGUCUGGUGCAAGUAUGCAGAGCCGACAGAUCAUGGACAUGACUGUGUGUAG